AUGCCUGCGCUUUCCCCCACCAUGACCGAGGGCAACAUUGCGACUUGGAAGAUCAAGGAGGGCGAUUCCUUCUCCGCCGGCGAUGUGCUACUCGAGAUUGAAACGGACAAGGCACAGAUGGACGUUGAGGCCCAGGAUGACGGUGUCCUGGCAAAGAUUACAGUGGGAGAUGGUUCAAAAGCAGUCCAAGUCGGUACACGGAUAGCAGUGACAGCCGAACCAGGCGACGACCUCAGUACUCUAGAAAUCCCUGCCGAAGAGACCACCCCCUCGCCCAAGAAAGAGGCCUCUGCGCCCAAGGAAUCCGCCCCCAUACCAAAAGAAGAACGCACCUCCGCACCACCACCAGCUCAAAAGUCCACGUCCAGCAGCGGCAAAGCAACAAAACAAACCUACCCCCUCUACCCCUCCGUCCAACACCUCCUCAACAUCAACAACCUCCCCGCAUCCGAAGCCGACAAAAUCCCCGCCACCGGCCCCAACGGCCGCCUCCUCAAAGGCGAUGUCCUCGCCUACGUCGGGAAAAUCGACAAUGCGUACCCAUCCGAACUAGCCACCCGCUUCAGCAAACUCUCCCACCUCGACCUCUCAAACAUCAAGCCCAUGGCCAAAAAGGCAGACGCGCCCAAGAAGGCUGCUGCUACAAAGGAUACCCCAGUUGUGGAGGAGGCACCCGUUGAAGUGGCACUCCCCGUCUCACUAACUGCAGUCAUGGAAUGUCAGAAACGCGUCAAAGAUUCCAUUGGUGUAUUCCUGCCCCUUUCCACCUUUGUCGCUCGCGCAACUGAGCUGGCGAAUGAGAGUUUACCCCGUUCUAAACUCGCCAAACCCUCGGCUGAUGAGCUGUUUAACGCCGUGUUGGGGUUGGAUAAGGUGGCGGCCAAGUCCUCGCAUGGCACUUUCGUUCCGUCUGUUCGGUCGUUUGCUCCUGCGCCCCCGGCGACGGCUGCGAGGAAGACGGCGGCAAAGAAAUCUGAUAUUUUGGAUUUGCUGGCGGGCAAGAAGACGGCGGCGAAACGUACGAGUCCUAUGGCACGUGGUGCUACAGACGGCCCGUUGAAUGUAUUUAGUGUGACUGUUCCCAAGGGGGAUGAGCGGAGGGGACGCGUGUUUUUGGAGAGGGUGAAGAGUGUCCUUGAGGCUGAGCCAGGGCGGUUGGUUGUGUAG